GUCACCCGCCCGGCCAACAACACGGCGCGCUUGCUCCGCUCAGGUCCGCUCCACCUCGAUCCCGAUCUCGACUUCGCUCUGUACCGCUCGUCGUACCGCUGCAGUUGUCAUUCGAAAGUGUCUCGCUCGGCGGCUCCAGACCAAGUAAUCAACCGAAUUAAGACCAAAAGCAGUUCGAAAAAUCCAAACCAGUUACAAGCACUUAAGUGCACAAUUGCAUUGCAAAAAAAAGCAGCAGAAAGAGAGAGAACGUGAAAAAUGCAUCAAUUUUGGAACUGGAACUGGAGAUGGGCUCUGCUGAUUUUCUCGGCCCUGCUGCUCGUUUCGCUGGCCAACUCGGAGGAAUGCGGCCAGGAGGAGUUCGCCAAGUGCUCCGAACCACUUGAUAUGCUGCAUUUAUCGUCGAACUUCUCGAUUGGACCGGCCAAGAAGGAGGAACUGGACAAACUUUGUCAUGAGCUGCGCAAGGGAGUGAGGUGCAUCCAGAGCUUCACCCGCCGUUGCAUGGAUCUGCAGCAGAGGAACCAGUUCAACAAGCUCUACCACGGAACCAACCAGUUCAUCAGGGAUCUGUGCAUCAAGGGGGCGUUCCAGGAAGCGUACCUGAGGCACGCUCCCUGCUCCCAAAAGGCCAAGACCGAGUUCGAGGUGUGUGGCAAUCGCUACAAGGACACCAUGGUGUUCCUGAAGCCAAACAAGAAUCAGGAGAACUCCGAGAAUGGGACCUUCAAUGAAAACAUAAAGACCAUUUGCUGCUCCAUCAGUGAACUUGUGGACUGCUCGGAGGAUGCUGCACGUAAGGUGUGCGGCAAUGAGGCGGCUGAGUUCACUCGUGAACUGGUGGACAAGUAUGCCAACAGCCUGACCAAGAUCUACUGCGAGGACUUCACCCGACAUCCGGGUCACUGUCGGAACGGCGAGGAAAACAGCUCCCAUCGGGCGGGUCUGAGCAGCUUAAGCCUUCUCCUCACAGGGACACUAAUCACACUGCUGGUCAGCAGAGGCAACAGAUAGAUGGCAGAGCUACAGCUAAGUGCAAAUAUCUAGAACCAGUCUUACCAAGUCGAAAAUAUGCACUGCAAGAGAGGAGAUGAAAAUGUAGUUAAGGUUUCCCCCAUCAUCACACCGAAAGAAUUCCACACGCUGUUGCAUACGUUUUGGCAGUCAAUUUAGGCCACAAAAACCCUGAUCCCCGAGAGAUCGAAGGAGUAAGUUAAGUGCGUUAUGUAUACCAGUAUGCAUAUAUAUAUAUAUAGUUAUAUAUAUAUAGAACAGUGUCAGGCAAAGCUAAGAUCGUAUAUAUAUAUACGGAUAUGUAUGUUACUAUAUAAAGGAUAUAGGCUAGCUAGUUAGAAUCAGUGUUGAGUGUGGCAGGCAGGUUAGUUGUUGUUGGCCUUACUUUCCAAUCGAUCGUGCAAUACUAGAGUUUCGUUGAGUUUGUUCGAGUUGUCCAGGCUUUAAGUGUAGGCAUAUUUUAGAGAUACAAUACCCCUAAGUUUCACAAAACGUUGUUAGCUGAAGUUCUAGAGCGCCCCUCACCACCACCUCCGUUUUCCGGAUUAUAUUUGCAAGUCCCAUCCCAUUAUAUUUGCAAAAAUCACACCCUUAGGCGCACAAGGAAGUAAUCCCCAGUGGAUUUGUUCACAUAUCGGCAAUAACUUUACGUAAACUGAAAGUGCAUUUCUAUGAAUGAGGAAUUUUAAAUUAUUUAUUAACUUAUUUAGUGGAUAGCGUAUAUUUAUUUCACUGUAAAUACCUUUAAUACUAUUCAAAUUGGGAAGUAUACAUAUAAAGUAAAUAUUAGUUUAACUUAAAAUUACACACAAACACACACACACACCUACUUACAAAAAACUGUGAAUAUAUAUUAUGAUUAAAGAGUAACAUUUAUUUUAAGUAAAACACACACAUGCAUAUGCAAGGAAAAACAAUAAAAAAUGAGAAAAUAAA